AUGCAGAGCCGCAAACCUCAGGCCAUAUAUCAGGAUCUUCAGCCGCCACAUGAACUCAAGGUAUCCGAAAACCAACCCGAGUCAUUCGAUACCCAACAUCCAGCGGUAAUGGCACCCAAUGUCACCCCCUUCCUAGACAUUCGGGUUUUUCGAAUAAAGAACUACUUCCAGGGUAUGGUCGGGGGCCCGCCACUCAGGCUAAGGUCAAAGUCUCCGCCAGGCCAGUCGCAAACCACAGACAUUUGUGACUCUACCAAUCCUUCGGGAGCGCCGUUAACGCCACCUCCUUCAAGAUCUUCCUCAAUAUUUCCAGAAAAUCGUCCAAUGGAAUCUGAGCUGUCGCCAGAGGUGCUCCCGCCUGACCUGCCCAACUCGUCUUCACCGACCCUACUUCCUGUAGAGGCUGAGGCCACAGCUAGCUUUUCGCCAGGAGCGUCCUCCGCUUCCCCAAAGUCGCACAUUCCAUCGAUCCAAUAUGACGAAGCUGCGGCUGAGAUCAUUCAAUUCGACGUACCUUUGGAAGAGGCGGCGUGCCCUCCGCCCGCUUCAAAUGUCUCGUCUCCCCCAAGCAAUGAAGCCAACUCAGAGGCACCUUCCGAUGCUCCUGACGCAGAAGUUUCUAGGCCGAGCUUACAAAUUUACUCAGAGAGAAGCUCUUCGUUAGAGGCGCUGAACGAUGCAAGCGAAUCACCAGUCCCGCAACCUUCACAUAACCCAUCACACGCAACAAGUUACACACCGCCCAGGCCUAUCUCUGCACCAGAACUGGCUACGACAGUGACACCUGAACCUAGCACGCCAGUGUCGUCUCCGUCAGCUUCAUUCCCAGUUAUGAGCACUUCGCAAGCUUCAUUACGGCAGCCAUCAGCCGUGGCUGAGCCCAUGAAUACGAUAUCCCUUGACUAUGCUGGAGAUAAGCCAGGAAAUUCAGUUGAUAUCAACCAGAUAGCGAAGGAAAAAGAAACCGAGUGGAGAGAAUCAAGACUCUCCCUCUCCUUCUUCGACGUCAACACCGCAAAGAGACGACUCGCCUCGAAGUAG